AUGGAGGAGGAGAAGGCGCGUAUUGCUGAUGCAUAUGAGCGUUUGUCCCGCAGUUUCGUUUUACUUAAUGGUGAUGGUGAUAGUAUGCGUUCUUUUGAUUUUCCUUUAUCAAUCUCAUCUUCUGCUCGCGGUGAUCUCACCGUUCCUUUUGGUGGUGAUCUUUCUUCUCCUUUUGCUAUCAGUGCACAUGAUUAUGAAAUGGCUUUAAAGGAAAUAGAUGAGCUUCGUCACCGUGUGUACGUUUUAGAGGAUGACAAAGCUCGCAAAUCUGAAGAAUGUGACAGGUUAAUAUCCGAUUUACAAUUGCUGUCGCAUAAGCUUCGUGAUUUACAAAGUCGUGUACCUUCUCCUUCGUCGGUACCUGUUUUCCCUGUUGUGGAUUUUGAGAAGGAGGAUUCUAUGUUAUCUUCUUCAUCCCCUGUGUUGAUGGAAUCCAUUCCAAUGAACGUGAAUCUACAUAAGAGUGCUGAUAAAGAGUCUUCAAUUGUACAUGUUGACGAAGGCUUAAUGGCUGAGAAUAUGUUGAGGUUAAUGACGAUUCAGAGUGAGUUGGAUUUAGAGCGGGCGAAAGUUGGAAAGCUUGAAGAAAGGCUGGCUAUUAUGGAAGCAGAAAAAAAGGCGUACUUGCGGAAUUACGACGAAGUCAACGACGAACUAAAAAGUAGGAGAAGUGAGCAGAGGUCUUUGGAAGCGAAACUGCAGCAAAUGACUGGCGUCAAAUCGCGAGAAGCAGAAGUUGCGGCUAUGGAGAUUGAUGCAUUGCGUCACCGUGUAUAUGACUUAGAGGACGAAAUUGCACGUAAGUCCGAGGAAUGCGAUAGGUUGUUGAACGAAUUAGGAUUGUUAACGCAUGAAGCAAAAAUGAAUACGUCACGUAAGUCUCCAACAUUGACUGUAUGGCCCCAUUCACAAGGUGCACUGUUGGAUGAUUUGAGAGAGAAAACCGACGAAAUGGAGAGUGAUACGGCACAUGAAGGAGAGGUGGCGGCGAAGGAGUUGGAGGAGAUGUGCGCACGAUUGCACGAUAUGGAGGAGGAGAAGGCGCGUAAUGUGGAGGAAUGUGGACGGUUG